AUGAAAUCCGCACUGGCACACGCCGCCAACAACUACGCCCGUGGUCAUUACACCAUCGGCAAGGAAGUGGUGGAUGUCGUGCUGGACCGCAUCCGCAAGCUUGCCGACAACUGCACGGGUCUGCAAGGUUUCAUGGUGUUCAACGCCGUCGGCGGUGGUACUGGGUCGGGGCUGGGCAGCUUGCUCUUGGAGCGCCUGUCGGUGGACUACGGUCGCAAGUCGAAGCUCGGGUUCACGAUUUACCCGUCUCCCCAAGUGUCGACCGCCGUUGUCGAGCCGUACAACUCGGUUUUGUCGACCCACUCGCUCUUGGAACACACGGACGUCGCGAUCAUGCUGGACAACGAAGCCAUCUACGACAUUUGCAAGCGCUCGUUGGACAUCGACCGCCCGAGCUACACGAACUUGAACCGUUUGAUUGCGCAAGUGAUCUCGUCGCUGACGACGUCGCUCCGCUUCGACGGGUCGCUGAACGUGGACGUGACGGAGUUCCAGACCAACUUGGUGCCGUACCCGCGCAUCCACUUUAUGCUGUCGUCGUACGCGCCGGUGAUCUCGGCGGAGAAGGCGUACCACGAGCAGCUGUCGGUGGCGGAGAUCACGAACAGCUGCUUCGAGCCUGCGUCGAUGAUGGCCAAGUGCGACCCGCGCCAUGGCAAGUACAUGGCGGCAUGCUUGAUGUACCGCGGCGACGUAGUGCCCAAGGACGUGAACGCGGCCGUGGCGACGAUCAAGACGAAGCGCACGAUCCAGUUUGUGGACUGGUGCCCGACGGGGUUCAAGUGCGGCAUCAACUACCAGCCGCCGACGGUGGUGCCGGGCGGCGACUUGGCCCGCGUGCAGCGCGCUGUGGCCAUGAUCUCGAACACGAGCGCGAUCGCCGAGGUCUUUAGCCGCAUCGACCACAAGUUCGACUUGAUGUACGCCAAGCGCGCGUUCGUGCACUGGUAUGUGGGUGAAGGGAUGGAAGAAGGCGAGUUCUCGGAAGCGCGCGAAGACUUGGCAGCCCUUGAGAAGGACUACGAAGAAGUCAGCGCGGAAACGCAGGAAGGCGACGGCGAAGACAUGGAGUACGGCGAAGUUUACUAGGCUGGUAUCGUGGCACCGACAGAGCAAGGGAACGCUCCGUUUUUACCUUUAACGUGUAUGAUCUCUCGCUUGGUUUCGUGAUUGUACCCCAUGAAUCUUGGUAGAGCGGGUGAGCUGCCCUCGCGGCACCUGGGUCAUGGGACCACGAUACGCACUGCGUGAGCAAUUACUGGGCCUCCACCAAUUCUCUCCACUGAACUUGUUGGUC